AUUGAUCAGUAGAAAACUCAGUGUAACACCCAAAGCAAAGACAGGCCUACGCCAGACCUCCGCUCGAACUGCCGCCCAUCUCCACUGAACUGCACGCUGCACCCAAACGAGACCGUGUUAAGACAUUCACCAUUUCAUCCGAACGCUCCCACAGCGCCACGAUGGCCGCGGCCGUCGCAAACCCCGUCGUGGUUGACACAAGCAUGAGGCCUUCUCGCCCUGCCUUCCUCUCCGCUCGCACUCGCACCAUCAGCUACAAGCGACAAAACGGCAACGUCGUCACGCUAGACCUGCACAAGGACUCCCAGGCCGCCGAAAGUCUGCGAGAAUUGGCGAAGAAGAACCCGACUACGGAACAGGAUAAGAAGUUUCUGGCGCAGGUGGAGAGUGGUGAGCCGGCGCAAGGACUUGUCGCGGGUGUGUAUGACGCACUGUCUAUCUGGAUCAUGGACGCCAUCGAGAUUGCCAUGUUCGGUCCUUAUGAUGAGCCAAAGUAAAACAACAACAUUGGACAAUUUCAAGCAUCAGACCUGGAGGUGGAGGGCUAGGAGGUAGAGGAGCAU